ACGCUUCAAAGUUCAAACCCUCUCCUUCAAAUUUCGAACGCCCAAAACCCUCUUCACCCGCAUCACCUCGAUCCCUUCCAAGAACGAGGAAGAAGAGAAGAGAUGGCUCUGAGAUCCCUCGACAACGCUCUCCCCACGUCCAUGGAGCGGCCCAGGAAGGUCGCCAAGGUCGCCACCCCUCCUCCUCCCGCGGUGGCCAGGAAACCUGCCCCCGCCGAGCUUGCUCCCGAUUCCCGCGUGAGCGAGGAGAAAGCGCCUCCGCUCCCGGCCGUGGAGCAGUCCGUCGAGUACGUCGUUUCCGAGGAGAUUACACCCCUUUCCGAUCCCCACACCAAGAUGGCGGUUUUGUUGGAUGAACUGAAUUCGAAAGAUUGGAUGAGCGUGUGUCAAGCGCUGAAUGAUUUACGCCGGAUGGCUCUUCAUCACUCUUCCUAUUUGGUCCCGAUCUUAGGAAAUGUGGCAGAAGUGAUUGUUAAAGCAAUGAAAAGUCCAAGGAGUGCACUUUGCAAGACAUCAAUCAUGGCUUCAACUGAUAUCUUUCAUUCCUUUGGUCAUCUCUUGCUGUCUACAACUGAGGAAAAUGCUUUCGACCAGCUGCUGCUGCAGCUUUUGCUAAAAGCAUCUCAAGACAAGCGAUUCGUCUGUGAAGAAGCUGAAAAGGCACUCGAGAAAAUGGCCAUUUCCACAUCCCCUCUUCCUUUACUCAAGAAGCUCCAGUCUUAUGUGCAUCAUGCUAACCUUAGAGUCAGGGCCAAAGCCGCAGUUGCCAUGUCAAAAUGUGUCUCCAAGAUGGGCAUUGAAGUUAUGAAAGAGUUUGGACUUGCAACUCUUCUUCAAAUGGCAGCUGAAUUGCUUAAUGACAGACUGCCUGAAGCACGUGAAGCAGCUCGGAGCAUGAUUUACUCCAUGUAUGGUGAAUUUUCAAAUGACAGUGAUCUGAAGAAGGAUGAUGAUGAAUCAUCUGCAGCAGAGUCAUGGCAAAAUUUCUGUUCUUCAAGCUUGGCUCCCAUUGCAGCACAGUCGGUAGCGAAGAUUGUUUCGCUAUAGCUCCUUUCAUUUUUCAACUGUUUUUGGAUUUUAGAGGGAAAUUAUCAACUAUCCCAUGCUACGUUGCUUUUUUCCUAUGUAUAAAAUGCUCGUGUGGCAUUUCAAGCUGACCAACUCUUAGAGAUUUAAUAAACAUUCAGGUUUUCUUUAA